AUGGCGGUCGUAGGGCGGCUGGGGAAACGAAAGGACAGGGGAGGUGACAGUGAACAGUCCGGCGAGGGUUGUCUGUUUGGAACUGAAAGACAAGAAGAUUUCACCUUCUGGAGCAUAGAUUUCAUGGAUUCAAAUUCCAACACUGUGGUUGUAACUGGUUUUGGUCCCUUUAGACAACACCUGGUUAAUUCUAGCUGGGAAGCAGUGAAGGAGCUGUCCAAGAGAGGCCUUGGUAAAAACAUAGAUCUCCGAAUCAUGCAGCUGCCAGUGGUUUACCAAAAAGCAAAGGAGCAAGUCUUCAAGAUAUGGACAACUCUUCAGCCACUGCUUACUGUUCACGUUGGGCUGGCUUCAUCCGCCAAAGCAAUCAUCAUCCUUGAGCAGUGUGGGAAGAACAAAGGCUACCAAGAGAUGGAUGCUUGUGGUUUUCACCCAGAAGGUGGCUGUUGCAUGCUAGAUGGCCCGGAAAAGAUUGAAUCUACGAUUAAUAUGAAGACUCUCUGGAAAAACAUCUCAGUGGAAGGGAUUGAUAUAAUCUUUUCCAGAGAUGCGGGAAGGUAUAUCUGUGAUUACACCUACUACAGUUCUCUGUAUUAUGGCAAUGGAAGAGCGGCUUUCAUCCAUGUGCCUCCAUUAUCCAAAUCAGUAACAUCAGACUUUCUAGGAAAAGCAUUACAGACAAUUAUCUUAGAAAUGUUAAAACAGUGUGGGGAAGAAGGAGAGUAA